GUCCCCAUCACCGUAAUUCUUUCACACCCAGUCAGGCCUUGCUCGGUUGCAUCAUUGCCGCUCCUUGCAAGGUCUUGGAAGAAUGGGUUGCUGUGAUUCACCCGCGGCUUUCGGGCUGCUUGCUCUUCCCUCCCUCUUUAAGGCCAGGACCCUUUGCCGUCGAACCCCUGAGAAAAAAGGGCCCAGAAUCAUAAGCAAUCGUUGUGAUACCAGAAAAUAAUAGGCAAUGCCCAUUGCGCAUCCGUCGACAUCACAGGUUCAAAGUCACAUUAUCUGCUGUACGCCCGCUUGUCUGCCCGAUAACAACCCCAUCAUCCAACCGUCUUUCCAUUUGUUGAACCAAACCCGAGCCUGAUACUCCACCGCCGGCAUCAUGCAUUUCACCGUGAUAGUACCACUGGUGCUGUCCAUAGUGGCCUUCGUCCUCUCCUUCCUGGCCCUCUUCGCCGGCCACAAGGUGGGCUUCAUGGAGGAUUACGACGUCGUCCGCCUCAACAUGUCGACCUUGGGCUACAACCUGGUCCCCACCGCCACCGAAGAAGCCGACCCGGCCUCGACCACGGACGGCUUCCUCGAUAGGUUCGUCGACGGCGUCAGCGACCGCGUGUCUGAUAUCAUCAACGACAUCGGCAACGACGUCGCUGACCGCCUCGCCGACGAGCUGGGCGUCUCUGAGUGGUACUCGCUGCACCUCAUGGACGUAUGCCAGGGCGAUUUCGCCCCCAACGUGACGGCGCCCAACGCCUGGCUGAACGUCACCAACUGCACUCAGCCGUCUCCUGGUCCCAACGUCAACCUCACCAGGAUGCUGGACCAGGAGCUCUCAAUCGGCCCCCUGCGCCUGAGCCUCGCCGACCUCAACUGGCCCGACACCAUCGAGGACACCCUGGACAAGGUCAACAAGUUCCUCCUCGCCAUCUGGGUCCUCUACGUCUUGGGCAUCGCUUUCUCCGGCCUCGCUGUUCUCGGCUCCCUUGCGGCCUUCUUCCUCGGCUUCAAGAAGCGCACGACGGUGACCAACUUCGUCUUCGCCAUCCUGGCCGCCCUCGUCCUAUUUGCUGGCAGUCUCAUCACGACCAUCGGCGCUAAGGAGGGCGCCAAGCAGAUCACAGACAUUGGCGACGACAUUGGCAUCUCGGCCGAAGCCGGACAAAAGUUUAUGAUCAUUUCGUGGGUCGCAUUCGCCGUCAUGUUCGCAGCCGCCGUCUACUGGGUCACGCAGUUCUGCGUCGAGAGGCGAUCGACCCACAGGCGUGGUUUCAGCGAGAAACGUCGCCACCAGAAGGGCAGCUUUUAAAGGUGCAUGCGCGUUUUGCAUGAUCCCACCACCAACAGAACCAGAAAAAGAAAGAAAAGAGGGGGAGGUAAACACUAGUGCGUCUCUUGAAUCUCGAAUUGGGAAAGCUACGAUAUGGAAGCGAUUUGGUUUUGCAACGAUACCUGUGUCGGGUCAGUGGCCUGGUAGCCGGUAUACCACAGCUGGUUCCCGACACCACGAUCCUUUUUACUUUCCUUCAUUUUUGCCGAGAUACCAUUGUUGCGAUACACGGACCCAUAGAAUGCACAGUUUAGUGUAGAUUGUUCAGAACCAUCUUAAUGGCCGAUGCCAUUGAAGGAUAGCACCCAGUUAAUUCCGCGGUCCAUGCUUGUGGUUCCUUACCAGAUGAACCGAAGCCUCGUGGGUGUUGUGAAUGUAC